GUGGAAAUGCUAUUAGAAGAGAAUCAUGGCUUGCCACCUCUGUUUUGGAAGCAAGUGGACCAUUAUGCCAUGAAGACCUUCUUGCUCAUCAGGCCAGUCCUGACCUGGGUGAGAAUGACCUGGCCCGAGAAUGGCCCGAAUCCAUCUAUUCGGUCAAUCUUCCAGAUGAUCCAUCAUGACGUGGCCUACGCGGCUUGGCUCUCUGUCAACAUUCGUCUGUCUCCCGAGGUUCUUGACUUCGAAUGGCGCCAGCCUGGCGACCACUACGUCCCGGGCCAAUUUGAGAUCCCCGAUCCAGGAGUAAUGCCGAUAUCGUCCCCCGCCUUACAGAGCCCAACGUCUGAUGGGUUCGUCACUACUUCAUAUUCAUCCAGACUAGUAAUGUCGCAACUACCGACAUCGAGGGUAAUGGUUUCCUUCGUCCCUCUCGUUCAGAGAAUCUUGCUUCUCGAGGGUGCCAAUGGAGAAGAGCCCAUUGGUAGCCAGAGGACGAGGUUGUUGGAGUCUCGAACGGCCUAUUACACCCUCUUUGGCCGCACGGAUGAGAUUGAUCGACGAACCCCCGGAUCGCUUGCGGACCACGCAUGUGAGAUGCGGCGAACUAAACCAACAUUUAUCUCUGAGGUCUUUGGGUUCUUCCGUCCGUUACUCUGGCAGCUUUUUGUGUUGACUGUGAUUUAUCAACUCCUAAAAUACACGUACCUACUGCGGGAAGAGACAGCAGGCGAGGAGGCAAUGAGGGCGGGAUAGGUUCGGUAUAAGAUCCGUUGUCUGAUCAUUGAGGAGUUUGCUGUUACUAGGUAGCUUUUGACUAGGUCUGAGGCGGUGGUUUUCCGGCGUUGGCGACGUGGCUUGAACGUCAGAAUCAGGUGGACUUUCACUUGAGUCGGAAAUUGAGCGAGCAAUGGAAUUCAAGAUACCAAAUAUCACUCAAAGGGAUAGACAAGCAUGUGAGGUGUAGUAGUUGAUGUAGGGUAGCCUGAAGGAGGCUCGUGAAGAUGCUCUCUUGCAGAGCCUGAGAAUGAAAACUGAAGA